AUGAACAGCCAGAUGGAGGAAAUACGUAUAUAUCGUGAACAGCUGCGACGUCUUAAAGAAAUAUUCAUGAGAACAAAUAAGGCUCGACAGGAGGCUGAACUCGCCCGACAAAAAGCAGAAGACGAGCUUCAGCAUUUGCGCGGACUUGCCUUCGAAAAGCAUCUACCAGAAAGGGAAGAAUUGCUUGCCGCUGUGUCAAGAUUGCAAGGAGAAUUGGAUCUUCAGGAGAAGUCGACCGCUGUACGUUCCAUCCACAGUUAAUAGACGUCUAAUGUACUUCGCAUCAAACUAAGAAGUUUGAUUUGCAUCAAGUUCCUAAUACUUCAGUGUUACAUGGGGUUCAUUCUAAGUUCAUUUGGAAAAGUGAGACCACUGUAACAAUUAAUUCCAGAUUUAUUCGGCAGAAAUGAUGUCAGUCAGUGGAACUCAACUAUGUACUGAAGUUUUCCAUGAAUGCCAUACGCGCCAUUCCGGGCCCUAGCACCUUCACCAAGAAAUGGGGUUUUUAAUGGUGUUGUUUUAUUCGCAUCUAAGUCGUAACUUGCUGACCGAUUGCUGUGAGGAAAUCAGUAUGAGAAGAAUUUAUGCCUACUUUGGCAAGCAUUUCUUUUAUUAACGGCCUUUUUCUACAAGACUUGGAGAGAUUCGCUGAAAAUGGCGUUCGUGCUGCCACACUAUGUACGUUACAGCAUUCAUCCUCUGCGUCAGCGAAAAGGGGACAUGAUAAGUUUUCCCGUAGAUCUUGAGAAAACAUUUGGUUCAAUGACCCAUUUUAAAAUCCCACCAAUUUGUUCUGUCAAAAAUUCUAAGGACUUUGUAGGAGACUAAGUCUUCCUCGAUCUUUGCUGCAUUACUAAUCAACUUUGUAUUGUCGCGCGACGCAGUAAACUUUCUAUAUUAUCCCUGAGUCGCUUUUUGCUUUUUAUCGUAUCCUUAUUUUAUUAGCUAGCUGCCCGGGCAUCAUGGGCAAAUUAAGCAUAAAAUGCUUUCGAAAGACUGUUUACACUUCAGGAUGUGAUUAAAGAUUUUUACUGAUAUGAGUAAAGGGACGAAUCGCAGAUAUUUGAUGGAAACGAAAUUAGAGAUCCAUAUCUGAAUCAUUUGCUGUGUUUUUAUGGGCUUUCUGGUUCAUCUAGUCCAAAAAUCCAAACUAAUUUACCAGGGGUUCGGGAACCAAUAUACCUUCUUUUUUUGUCUGUCACUUUGUGUUUUUGGCGCAUACCACCCUCCAGGAAAGAGUAUAUAUCUGUUGACUUUUAAAGACCAUUGCUCGUUUACGAGCUCCACUGUACUGAAAAUAAGCGCCACUUUAAAGGACUACAACCGAACUUCUUCCAUACAUAGACGCCUGUUCUACUUUAUUUGAUUCUGCAUCAUUUUUUCGACUUUUUUGGUUAUAACCAUUCUUUAACUGUCUUACUUGUGUCAUAGUCGCUCGAAAAGUAUAUUGCCAACCUCGAGAAAAAUCAGCGAUGUGAGCGCAAUCGUCUUCUCAGGACGCAGAAGGAACUGCAGUUUACGGUGUCGAAGUUGUCGGAAUCCGUCCGUGAGCUUCAACUAUCACUGCAGGUUUGCCCGGUUUCGUUUUUGGCCUGACCUGUUUAUAAUUUUAAAUAAGUGCACUAUUGAAACUCAUGGUUCUUUUCUGGUAUGCGCCAUCAAGACCGUCUGCAUCUCAGACAACGAUUUGGCCGUUAGACCUAAGCGAUAUAACGUGGCGUACUUACAAGCAUGUCUUCUAUUUUUGAUCAGUUAUUAGUAAACUAAUUAAGACGCCAACGCGAAUCACUGACAGUAAGGAAUAAUUUGACAUUGAUGAGGCUUAUCCAAUAACUGGUCGGUGUCACUGAAUUUGGUUUGUGGCGAGGGUUUCCUACUGUGUGCAGCCCAAUUUGGUUAUGCCUCCAAAAGGACAUUACCUAAUUUUUUCGGAUCUGGGAUACUGAUCCAUGAGGUUUUUGUCUUCAUUGCGAAAGACGAAUCUUUUUAUUAUCAGGCGACAGAAAAUGUCGAGUUUAAAAACAGCAAACGUGCCGUCUUUAUUCAUGUACUCUGGUACUGCGUGCAGAUGAUUAGUAUGUAAUUUGUACGAAGUCAUCGCACUGGCCACCAUUAUGUAUCUUAGGCAGAAGAAUAUGUUCCGUAACGUGGUCCGUGAACGCCUCCUCUUUCACCAUAUUUAUGCAGUCAAGGCUUUAUCUAAAUAAACACUAUCCGCACCAUUAAUACUUCAUAUUAGACGCGUAUACGGUAGGCAGGCGGAACCGCUGGGAACUAGGACAUGUUAAAAUGGAUGCUUCCCUUUUUCUUAACGACUUUAGCACUGCUGCCUUCAGUUCCAAUUCCCUUUUUUGUGGAAAAUUUAUUUGUGCAUGUUUUUACGCCAAAUGAAUGUGCUACUCUGUGCGAAAACAACAGAUUCAAGCUUGUUUUUUAUUUAGGAAAAGCAGAAAGUUAUCGAUGCUCAGCAGAUGCACAUGAACCGGACAGCAAAGCACCACACACGCUCGACAGCUGCGGGUGACAAUGCGGAACUGAUCCUGACCGCACCCUCUGAAAGACCCAGCGUCUUUGAUGGUAAUCCGAUAGGUACUGCUCAGUCCCGACGCACUCCUGUAAGCAAACCUAAGGAGGUUUCCCGACCAGUGACACCAAAGGCGGAGUCCAUUAAAAUCAAAGAGAAACCCUGUCCGGAUAGGGUAAUCACUCACUUUUCUUUUUCUCCGAUGCUUCAAACCCUUGUUGCAUACUCUGUUCUUAUAAAUGUACCCUGUUCAGAAAUUAUCACACUUUAUUUUGAGACCUUGUCGUGACUUAAUGAAACUUUUCAUUUUAGACCCAGCUGCCCCGCUCGUCAAGGUCAGCCACCGCCACGCCCAUUGAUGGCAGACACUCGAGUCUCAAAGAAGCCAUCCGACCCAGCUCUAGAACGAAAACGCCCGAAGCAAGGUCUCAGACACCACAGAAGCGGGCCGCAUCGUCUGUUCUUCCCUGUAGGCCUCUGCAUUUGUGUCGUUUCGAAGUCUAUUAACUGUAAGGUUUUUAUGAUAUUUGGCUUCACCAAUCUUAGGACCGGUUUUCUUAAUGGGCUCGCCUUACUCUGGAGCAUAUACGUUAAUGAAUUCUGAACAAUCGUCAGAGUACGCUGGCCGGAUACGAGCGUUUAUUACACCCGAGAGUAGAAGUACUUCAUUUCCUUUCGCACACGCCCUAUAUAUGGACAAAACUAGUUGCAUUUUACAAUUUCUUCUCAAAAACUAGCGGUGCGUCUAAUUGCUUUUUCCCCUAAAUAGCGACCGUUUCUGAACUCCUAGCUAGAUGCGCUCGCAUCACAUACUUUUGUACACACGCACUUCAUCUGUGACGCACGUUUAAGCAGCUUAUGAAGUCCACUGAGACGAUUCUGCAACUGUAUGUUAUCUUAUCCAUCUUCUGUAAUAGUCGACUUCCGGUAGAAUCUGAACCCCUGAUGCCACUACACAUGCUCUCGGAGUUCCGUUCUUCAAUUUCUGAACAUUUCAGUUGUGAAAUACAAAGUUUUUCUCAAAGUACAAAGAAUGAUGCCCAUAUUUCGGUCAGAUUUCGAACCACCAACAUCUUUAUUUGCAAUUUUCCGCCAUUUUUCAUUUAACGUUGCUAAUUCAGUUAUAAAAGCAUUUUUGCCAUAAAUCUACUCUGUAACCAGAAUUUUGCUGACAGCUCCUCCAGACGUCGAUUACAAGAACCAUACUGUUUAAUUUAUGCUUUUCCUCGUCGCCACUAUUUUACUUAGUUGUAGGGUUUUAAAUAAAAUCUCAGACAUGGUCACUAAUAGAAGCGAAGAGGCGAAUUUCAGGAAGCAGUUCAGAAGAAGAAGAUGCGAUGGCUGGAACAAGAGGUUGAUUGGCCUGCGUUUCGGAUUCUCACUCGAACCCAUCAUCAGAGACCGUUGCAACGUUGCGUAUUUGACGAGCCAAUUGAACAGUGUAAGGUCAAUUUAGGUAUUGUUCAGUCGGGACGAGUCCUUCCUGGCCCAAAGGCUGCUCUGUACCCAUUCAAAUCCGUCUUUAGGCUGUCUUUCAUCAGCUUGUGCUUUCGACCUUGCAACAAACCACCCUGAGAACCAGACAUUGCAUGAAUGCCUAUAUAGACUUACUGUUGUACUCCUCACCCCGGACGUGUUAGGUGUCUUACAAAAGUUUUGUCCGCAAUCUACUGCAUAUCGGAGGCCGAGUAUUUUGAAAUUACUUUAUACAAAUGAAACUUUUUACAGCCCAGAAAAUUGACUUUUGCGUACCAGUUCCAUCGGGCUUAUCCAUUGCUCGUCUGCUACACGGAGUACACAUUCGCGAUGUGGGACAGGAAGGUUCGCAUGCCUGUUUUAGGCCUGUGUCAUUUAGUCCAAACCAUAGACGAUAUUGUAUCUCUUCAAUGUGCGCUCGGCCUGACACAGGGCCUGAAUGCAAUUUUAUUUUCAGGCGAUUCCAAUACGUCUGCGUAUAAAAAGGACUAGUUUAUAGUUUAUCACUAUCAUUAUUAUUGAAACUACCACCUCGCAGAUGCUGAUGUUUACAUCUGCAUGGGCAACUUGACUUUCUGAACUUCAGUAUUCCAGUUGAAACUUUGUUUUCGCCCUGAUAUCUACGUUAUAUACCGGGACUUAUUGCUAAUGCAUAUAUGCAUAUAUUUAUUUCUAAGCCAUACGUCUUUACAUCAGUAGACUUGACGUUUGUUUUUAUUAUUUCUUACCGUUAUUUAGCUUACCUUUUAUGAGUUCCCUCUUGUCCUUCGCUGGCAUAUUUUGUAGAUUCUUGUCUGUUAGUGCGUUUUCUAGUAUAAUUUCCUAUCUGCGUUAUUUGCACGUCACUUACCGCCUGCGACCAAGUAUAAUUGGCCGCUAUUUCGCCUGGAACCUGCGCUUCAGUUAUUUACUUGACGGUGUCUUAUUCAGUUGCCAAGAUUUCCCAAACUACCGUUUUUGGUCACUUUUUCGAAUUUGUGAGCUUAAUUGCCGUUUACCUUCAAAGCGCAUUAGGUUUCCGAUGUAAUUUUCUUCUCUGCUUCCCCAUCUCCUUUUCCGUGCGUCCGAUGGCCCCACCCACAUAACGCCCCUCAAUACCAUUCUCGUUUAACAGGCCGCUCAGGUUACCUGUUUCUUACCCCUGGUACAAACUAUACUCUCGCCUCUAAUUAUCCCAAAUUAUAACGGGAAACUACUAAUUUAAGAUUGGAUGUAGCGAUUCUUCGCUUUCCAUUUUUGAGAUAUUUCGGCGAGUUCUUCGGGCAAAACCCGUUGCUCUUGCAGUUUGCUAUGCUGUCGCCCAUGUGAUUGUAGACUCGCAUACCUGUAUUCUCUGCCACCUAGCCAGACACACUUUUGGGCUGUUCUUUUUAACUCCGCCCAGGGGAUAAAUUAUGUCAGCUACUGUUAGAUCUAUCCCUGUUAUCUUGGUUGUGUGCGAACGACUUGCGCGUCCAGACCGAUGGAAAUUGGCUUGGGCAGUCUAUGUUCUCUAGGAGGUUAUCCAUUACCACCAAAUCGACUGCUCUGUUUUGCCACCCCCUCCCUCCCCAACUGUCGCUUUACAGGCAUCCUAUCUUAUGCUGCGUCAAUAACGUCAUCUGCCUUUCACUGGGGUGCUCUACUGCACCCAUGCGCUGCCAGGUCUGCACAGACCACUUGAAUGAAAUGCCAGAUAUCAAACUGUCUUCUUAUCUUUCCAAAACGCAGGCUAUAUUUUUAACGUCUUAACCACAAUAUGCGGUUGUCAAUUGUCCAUUUGAAUCUACUUAUCGGGGGAAAAUCACGGCAGUAUAUAUGAUCUGUUCUACUUCUGUAUUCGGACUAACUAACCGGUAACUCGAUUGACUGUUAUUCAUUCUACUUAAAUUAUCCUGUCUUUCUGCAGAAGACUGUUAAGUAACAGUUCCUUGCUGGUGCCAAUCACAUCAUUGUAUUUUUUUAUACAUGUGGGUAUGCUUUAAAUGUUUGUUGGUAUUCUCAACUACUUAAAAGAUUGCAAUCUGGGGUUUUAGCAACUGAAUCUGCUGCAGAGGCAAAGCGCACGCCUCGUCCAAACAGCUCAUGUCAGACGAAACCACGUCCAAGAUCAGCAUUAAAACGGCCUCAGACUUCUAUGGGUUCGGUUAUUCUUGCAACAGCAAAACCUGAACAGAAAAGACCAAGUUCCUCCGCCGCCGCACCAAGGUAACUGCUUCCUUGAGGUUCUUCUCAUCCACUCAAGUUUCUCUUGCUGUCCCACUAGAAAUCGGAAGCCUGGUUGUUUUUGACCAUUCCUGGUGGAAGUUUAGGGUAAUGAAGUAGAGCGGUUAUUUGUCUGACGACAACUUGAUCUAUGGCGUUAUUGACCUCAGGGCACACAGCAAAAGUAAAUAGUUAUUUGCAUAAUCUCCAGAGACUUCUCUCUGGCAGGAAUUUCCUAAUUCACAAAAUCAAAAAACACAACUGAAUGAGAAGUAAUUCGAUUCACAAAAACAAAACGGUCAUCACAGCACUCCGUGGUCAAUCUGUAAGACGGUCUUCAGAACACUCGCUAGUUCAGAAUUUAUCAUUUCGUGUCUAUAGUCUUCCAUGGCCCAGACAUGUCUUCACUCCCGACGUCAAGCCACUUUCUCCCCAUGUAACUCUCUGUUAAAACAUUAGCUUGCAAGGGAGUUGUUGAAAAUAGAGAGGAUGCUGAGUUGUUUUCCCUGUCAUUAAGCAAGUUGAUUUGAGUUAAAUCUUUGAGCUGCGAGCUAAACUAUCACUCACGCACAGUUUCCAAGUUUGCUCUAUCUUGACAAUUCAUGGGAGCUAUUCCGUCGCCACUUGAUCUGCUACCCCAUGACAUAUUCUAAGUUACGUGGUGAGCAAUAGCACAAGACAGAGCGACACUGUGUUUGGCUCUUCAGUUUUGAUGAUGGGCAGUACGGAAAAUGAAAAGUUGGCAGAAGAAAUCGGACCUCCAAUCGUCCGAAUUCAUUCUAGGAAUCGCACCUCCAAGCUACCUCAGCUAAACCGUAACUAGUGCGAAAUAAUCCGUCUUCGACUACCGAACCUUGCCUGCCUUUAACUUCGGAGGCUCGACUUCCUUUUACAACAAAUGUUUUUGCUCACCAGUGUCCAAUUUCUGAGAAUGCAUCUAGUUAAAUUUUCUAGUUCUUGUGUGUACUUGGUGAGGUUCAGGAACACUGGUUUAUUAGGCUCCGCUGGGUCAAUUUAUUCAACUAAUUAUGGCAUUUGAUUGGCAGGCAACUGACAUUAAGGUAGACUGGUGGAUGUACCUGCGAUUGGCUAGAAGAAGGACAUCGGGCGCCUAGGGGAGGGUUUAGUGUCUAGAUUCUUUCUCUCAAUAGGCUUUUUCUGGUUGAGACGGCUCCCGGUUUUCAUGAACCAUAACAAUGAGAGUGCUGUGAUUACGUAACUAGUUUAGCGACUAGAAAAAUGUUUUUUCUCUAUUUCAAUUUUUAAGCUUUCGUGUCUUCUAAAUGUUGGAUGAUAAGUCCCGAAGUGCCCAUAAGUGCGCAUCUCGUCAAGGGUAUCUGGUUUUUACGAACAUUGACCUGCUAAGUUAGUACACUACACCGAUGGAAGCAUGCCUGUUGGUUAUUUUCCUUUGCAUUUUAGUAUUUCGAAAGUAUUCGAUCUGCUGUGACUUUUUACUUCCCUUUCAAUAUUUUAGACUCAAACAUGUUCAAUUCACGUGAGUAUGAAUCUAUUUAUUACGAUUUGAUCCAGUUGCCCAAACUCCCUGUGUAAAACCCAUUUUCCCUUUGAUCGUUAGGUUAAAAAUACAUAUCUGAAGAAACGUUGUGAUUUAGGGAACUGGUUCCUGGGAUUAACCCGCGGCUGUACGGACGGAGACCGAAUCUUGCACGAGAGUAGUUCACAUACCCGUACUAUUGUGACCAUGAUAGUUAGUUGUUGGACCCUUCAGGUUAACUUAUGGUGUAACAUGGCCGGCUGCUGCGGCCUCUUAUCCUUAUUCCAGUAGCCUUUUCACGAACUACUCUAACCUUACUUCUUGUAGACCAUCCUAUACAAAGCGUUUGUAUGAUGACACGACCGCUAUCACCAGCACUGGUUUGGUCCGUCUCGAAAACGACUGUACCACAUGCGACAGUUAUCAACAUAUUGCUUUACCAGGUUGGGAUCUUUGGUUUUUAUGGCACAGGGCGCAAAAUAGCGUCGAUCCCGCCGUUCACUCAGAGUCUUUUUUCGCGCCUGUGCAUGCAUUCAUUGACCUCUGCAGCAUCAACAGCCUGAUCCCGUAGAAAAGACGACGAAUGAAAUGCCAUGGUGUACUUCGAUUUGUACAGUGCAGAGCUUGAGAUUAAUCUCUGGGCCAGUGGUGUUGGAUCAUUUUGACCUGAGUAGUCAAGUCAUUCGGCUGCCGUCAGACAACCAGUUCUUUGUACUCCAGGGAGGCGCAGCCAGAAGUUCAUGCACCUUUAUUUGAGUUUGACAUUGACCGUCCCAAGUAAUUCCCCAGGAUUCGGACCAGGGAGUAUUGACCCUCAGCACUGCGGGUGACCCCACGCUAGACCACAGGAGCUUACCUUCGCCCUUCCUAACACUGGUCUUAACACUUGCCCUAACAGUAACGACAAACUUCCAAGCCCUUGCUCCAAUCCCCAUAAACCUAACCCUGACAGUUACCUUAACAGUAGCCCUAACCAUAACUCCAACCACCCCCAGGAAUCUAGGAUAAUGCUAAAUGUAAUACGAAAGCCCACAUUCCCAACCCCCAGUCACUGAAAUAGAAAAUGCCAAAAAUUCUAUGCUCUCGCCUUCACUUGUAGGGGCGACUUAACAUGCAAAAGGCAAAAUGGUUAUUAUUUUCUCUCUUCUUCUUGUUUGAGGAUCAUGAUGUUUUUUGCAUCAAUUCUCUCACUUCCUAAAGGAACGUCGAGGGUAAAUUAGUCGACAUAACCGUGCCAACCGGGAAAGACCAGGAUGAGACCUACGAGUUGCUGCGCGCUAAUGAGAAACUCGCACGUUUGGUAGCGGAGGCUAAGAUGCACUCCGAGGAGGCAAAUGCCUUGAAGCCCUCGAGUCAGCCCCUGAUUGCCCGAGCAUCAACCAUUGAGGAAGUAUCGACGAAAUUUUCUCUGCCAGUGACAAAACUGGAAAUAACCGCUAAAGUCACGCCCCCCACAUUGGCAACUCAGAGCAGCGAGGAGAUGAAAGUACUCGUUAAGGAGACGCCGACUGUGAUGUCGAAGGCACGUGAGAGCAAGGCAGAUUCGCCUGCGGCAAACAGCUCCACUGUUUCCGCCAGGGGAGAUCUGCCAGAGGUAUUCUACUGUUUCACUUUCUAUUUCUACACAAAGCCCUCCCCCGUUGCUCAUUUUUACGCACAGUCUGUGACUUCUCCGAUCGUCGGCCACUCGCACGACGGUUUCAGAAUGACCCGACUUCGUCGACGUGUCUUGCAGAGGAGCAGGUGUAGUAAAUCAACUGGAACUUAUCGCUAGUUUGCAUAGUCUUUCCUCUCUACCAUCCGUCUGAUGGUUUAGGUGUACUGCAGGAGUGAUAGGUGGCUGAACUGUGAACAGGACGAGUGGACCGCCCCGACUCGGUACUUAAUAAUUAAUGAGAGAAAUCGACAUUCUGAGGCGUCGCAUAACUGACCAAUUUAUCCGGUCGUGUGUGGCAUAAGUUGGCCGGAGGCUUUGUCACAUUUUAGUCAACGCGUCCAAGUUCAUUCUCGGCCAGUUAACUCGGGCCGACCAUUGACAUACAAGAUGGGGAAGGACGAAUGAGAUUGAUCCUGAGGUUCCAGUCCUUUUGCCCAGAACGGCUCUGUGUUUCCCACUAUGACAUUUUAACCGUCAUGACAACUUCCACACAACUCUACGCAGGAUGAGAGCAGGCACGGUGACCUGUGCAUGAUUUCUUUGAUAGUGAUAAUGGACUUUCAUUGCAUCUACCGCACCCCCUCCUCCUUCCCCACUUAGGAUCUACAUCAAACAGUCAAAAUGACCAGAGGCAAGAAAGUUCGUAGGUGACUGGCGCGGCCGAAACAGUCCCUAUGCGUGCAUCCACAUCUCUUGGUCCACAACAAACACUUGGCUAGGACUUUGACUAAAAAUAACAAGAGCAACUGCUGGCGCGGCCGAAGCCGCCCCUAGGCGUGUCGCCACACUCGGACCGGAUCCCACGGAGUGGGAGUGUCGUAGGGGUCAUAUUAAGAAGGAACCAUUGUAGCCUGCCUCGCAGUCCACCCGUUGGCUACUCACAACACGAACACACGAGUGGGCUGUCCGCGGGGACUGAAUUGGGGCGCCGGCUGGCAAUCUUCCAAUCCACAGCACUUGGCGCACCGUAAUCGUCUCAGGCUCGAAUCACACAUCCAGCAGAUGAAACACAUAGGGAAGGAGCCGAGAAACGCACUUUCAAAUUUUGUGAGAGGUGCCGGUGUUGUGGGAUCUUGGAGGGUUAUAUGCGUGGUGCGAGUUGGUGGAGGAAUGUGUGGCGAUGUGGUCGUGGCUGCGGUGAUUUACUGCAUGUUUUUAUAAGUGCGAAUGUGACCUAGUAGGCCCAUGUUACGACUGAAUGUGCGAUGGCAGUGCGGGCAGUUGGGGCGGAUGUGUCUGGUGUUUGUUGGUGCUCCAGACACUGGUUUGCCAGUAUCUAUGCGAUGGAUUCGCAAGUGACCGACCAGGCCGGUGCGUUAAGUAAGUUCUAGGUGCCAGUGUGGGCAGGAUGGGUAGGGGGCUGCAGAGUCGGUUUCAGCGGUGAUUAUUGGUUCGGUUAUUGAUUUCUGCGGAGUGAAGUCCCUUGUGUUACUUUGGUAAGAUUAAAGGUUGAAACUGGUGUUGAGGGAGUGGAAGGGGUUUGAAAAUACAUGGUGUGUAUAAACAUCUGUCCAGUCUCUGAUCGUGAGUUCUGAGAUGAACAGAAAGUCAGAAAACGGCACCCUCAUUUUGGGGAUGGAGUACGUUCCUUUUCAUUAACGACCAUUUUUGAAUGCAUCUUACACCGCGAAAGUGGCAAACACUGAGGAGGUGUGUCGUGUCAGACGAAUGGAGGUUUGUCUAGCCAAUUUACUGAGGGCAUGACCGUUCACAAACCACUGAACGACAUGCCUUCGCGUUCUAUUAAGAAAGAUGAACAGUGAGCUGCAGCAGAGCAUAUGAAUUGCCGGCCAGCCACCAUCUGUCUUCGCCAUGUUCGGUGAAUAAAAGUAAUGCAUACAUUACUUCAGAAUAGCAUUACUGGGAAAGAUAGGGGAGACUGGAAUGACCAUUUCUGUCUCGUUAGUCGUCAUCAGCCAGCAAUACCGGGUCCCGACCUAUGUAAUCCUCGAUGUUUGGACUCGCGACCUGUUGGUUUGGAGUCAAACGCCCUAGUUUCUGAGCCAUCGGCUCGUUCUGUCAGUUGCGGUCGGGUAUAUUAACAAUAGUAGAGGGGCGCUCACUGAUCGCAUUAAGGAACUCACUUGUUCCGUUGUGCUUUGGAGCCCUCUCUCGAACCCCACCAACAACCUUGCAGGGGGGCAUAAUCUAGCUUGAAUGACAUUCCCGACAAAGACAAGGGAGAAUGGGACGGCCAUUUCGGGCUUGAUAGACGUCGUCAAAUAGACAUAUCCAGCCGCGAGGUGUCCACCACCUGGAGCGCGGUCCCGCGACCUGUUGUUUAGGAGUUCAGUGCCUUGACUAUUGAACCACGGGCUCGAUGUCCUGUUGGUUUCGAUCGGUGAACACCCCUUUGCCAUUGUUAAUAUGUCCGAUCGCAACCGACAGGACAUCGUGCCUGUGACUCAGUAGUUAGAGCGUUGGACCUCUAACCAACAGGUCACGAGAUCGAGCCUAGGGGUUGCGGUUCUCGGGUUUGGGUGCAGCUGGCUGAUGACGGCUAACAAACCAGAAACGGCCAUUCCAGACUCCCUUGUCUUUGUCGACAAUGUCAUUUUGUCCAUAAGACUGGCUGCUGAGUGGCUGCUGACAGGACUCGAUAUCUAGCUGUAAAGCACGAAAUGAGGGAGCUCCGUGACGCUAUUGGUGCGCGCCCCCUCUACCCUACAUCACUUCCCUUGCGUUCUUUUCCUAGCUUUAUAUCUCAUUCAUAAGUUAAGUUUACCCUGUUGGAUAUGUUCUGGAACAGCCUUCACUUUGUUCCAUGGCUUUAGUGAAACUAUCGCGGAUGGUCACGCAGUGACCAUCAGGUGAUAUGACGAAGAAGUGUUUUCAUAAACAAUGGGAAUCACAGUGACUGACUCGAUCUUGGUCACUGCCUUCAGCUAGGGAGACCUGGGAUUUAGGCCCGAUUUCAGCAGGACCCAGGAAUCAUCGCGCUGAUAGUAUUGGUUGUAUUCUCACCCUUUUUGUUGUGAAAAGCGUUUUAGCCCGACUGACACACUCUAAGUCUUCUCCCUCAAGGAUUGCUAGCUUGUGUCCCGGGUAUAUCCGCAACAAACACGUUUUAUCCAGUUAUGGAGUUCAGAUAUCGAAAUAACUAUUCAACUGCCGGACAUUGUAACUUCCUCCAACUCGUUAUUUCCUCAUCUCUUUCCAGCACGUGGAGUUUAUCCACAUUUGUCACUACCUUUGAUGGCGCAUUAGUGAUGUCUAUUGCUUUCUGCAAUCUUCAGAUUGUUAAGAACGUCAUGAACGGAUCAGCAUACAGUUCCAACGAUGUGCCCUUUGCAACGCCUUCAAGGCCGCCAGCGCUUAUUUCCAACCUCAUACGAGAGAUGUGCUAUAAAGAGUUGAUGGAGAAGCAGACUCUAGAUCCCGUCGCCUCGCCAGUGACAAACACGAGGCCUGUGGAGACUUUGCCGGCUGAAAGUUCAUCGAGCAACGCAUCUCCGGCUGAAACUCCGAGAAAUCCAGUACGGAUUAAGAGGAGUGGCUUGAAGCGAAAGGCACAGCUGCCCGCGCGACGUCUACUUGAAACAACCAGUUCAGCGGCGUUGAGAAAGUCCGUCACAAGACAGUCCAUGUUUUCAGCGAAGAAGAGCCCGAAACCUGUCGAGAAGGACAGUCCUGUGACAUCUGUGGUAAUGAAGAUUCCGCUCAGAUUUCAGAUAUAA